AGCAGCGUCUCGGCUCAGCUGACCCUUGGAGGCGAUUUUCGCUGCAUUCAAGCUCGAAGACAAUGUCUCCGUUCUUAGCGGCCAUCUUUUUGCUUGGCCUGUGCCUGGGAAACGCCGUCAACUUCACAACCGUCUACGAGUGGGACAAAUUCGAUUUCGUCUGGCCAUCAGGAGCGGACACUUCAGUUGCCCAGAUGAAACAAAAUUUCAAUCCAAAAUAUGUAGAAAUUCGACACAUGGCUGUUUUUGGAGAAAGGCUGUUUCUCAGCCUUGAAUUGAAAUACGGAAUUCCCGCCACUUUGGUGUGGCUGCCAACGAGCGGCACGUCGACUGAAACUCCAAAACUUGCUCCUUUUCCAUCCUGGGAUUUACGGAGAAAGGAGAACUGCGGGACUAUUCAGGCAGCCAAAGGAAUAGAAACGGACCCUGAUGGUCGGUUGUGGGUGCUUGAUGACGGUCUCGGCAACUGUUUCAGGAAACUUUGGAUAUUCGACCUGCUCAACAACGACACAACCGAGCGCGUUCACCGAUUCCCGGACACCGACACCGUCAUCUCUCAUGCACCUAAUAAAAGGUGGCUGCGUGAUAUAGUGCUGGACAAAACAACGGACGAUCACCUUGCGUACAUCACGGAGCAUUAUUCUGAGCACAUAAUCGUGUACAACCGAAAAAUGGACAAAUCCUGGUCGGUUAAAACACCGAGGAGACAAUGGAAUUCCUUGGCUCUCUCUCCCAACAGCGAAGCUAGACAGUUGUACCUUGCAAGAUAUAGUUCCAAAGAACUGUACUCAGUGUCUUUGUCUGAGUUGAAGAAUGAAGGCGGAAGCGCUGCUGUGAAAUUCAUCGGCGAAUGGACAGAAAAUCCAUACAGAAUUUUAUUGGACAGUGCCGAUGUCUUGUAUGCCGCCUUUUACCACGAGAAUUACGUCUCCAAAUGGAAUAUUUCGGAGCCCUUUCUUGAGCAGAGGUUACACGAGGUCGGAAAACUGCAUGCUUAUUGGCCAUUUACUUUUGCCUUGGACACGAACGGCACUUUCUGGAUGACGGAGACAAAUGAAACUGGUGGUGGGAUUAGGCACAAACUACUCAAGGCUGCAGUCGGCGCAAGAUCGUAUCUAUUCGGCACGUCCGCAGACUUGUCAUUGCGUGGCUGACCCUGAGGAUAAAAAGAAUGCAAACCUCUUCCAGCCACAUUUCGAUGGACUUCACCCUUUUCCCGGACAGCAAACGGAGCCUUUUACUGAGACUAUUAUAAAAUAAAAAGUGUGUUGCAAUUUAGUUGUGGGCUAGUUAAAAAUAAUAAAGAGAUAUGAACAUAACGCUAUAUGGUUUAUCGCAUUUUUCAACAGAAUAAUCUUUUAUUCGUAUGAAUAAUUCAAGGAAAAUAA